AUGGGUGAUACUGGUAUUCAGGAUGACUGGUCUACUGAUUCCAACGAGGCCGUCCAUGUCUCCCUCGUCACUCCCGGGCAGACACUCCAUACCUUCCAUCCGAAGUUCACCUACCCUAUCUUCGGCGACGAGGAGCGAAUCUUUGGUUACCAGGGAUUGAAGAUCAAUAUCAAAUACCACGUCUGUGACAUGCGCCCGGUGGUUCAAAUUACCUAUAAUAGGAAGUUCAAGCCAGUGGGGGAGACGGAACCCACCGAUCUGAAGGCUAUUUUGGAGGAUUUCUUGCCAAAGACUGCUUUCGAGAAGACAGCUGUAUUUGAUGCCGCCAUUGCCGAUCCUUCCUACACCACCUGGAAACCGCCCGGGGAGCUAUGGAAGACCAUCCAGAGCGGGUCGCAAACUCUCGAGGUCUGGAAGGGCAGUCUAGCCGACAUGGCUGUUCAGCAGAUGGUCAAGCGGAUGCAAAUACUAGUCCCAUUCUUCAUUGAAGGCGGUACAAUGAUCGAGCUGCGGGAACCCGAAUGGUCACUGGAUAGAUGGACUGUAUUUUUCCUCUACCAGAAGAACGUGGUUGAUGUGGGCUCAUCAUCAUCCCCAUAUACCUUCAUGGGCUAUUCGACUGUUUAUAGAUACUUCCUGUAUCAACCCAUCGCACCCUCGGGAUCCGCCCCUGCAAAGAAGCAACCUAUCCAUCACGAGGCUAAUCUAGAUUUCAAGCUCCCGUUGCCCGAGGUUCCUUUUUCAUCUCUACCUUGCCGGUCUAGAAUAUCCCAGUUCAUCAUUUUGCCACCAUUUCAAGGAGGAGGAAGCGGCUCGCGGUUCUACAACGCAAUAUUCGAUUACUUCCUCAAAGACCCGACCACCAUUGAAAUUACAGUUGAAGAUCCGAAUGAAGCUUUUGAUGAUUUAAGAGAUAUCAAUGACUUGGCACGUCUCCGGACUGUUUCCAAAUUCAGCGCUCUGCGAAUCAACAAAAACUCGAAGCCGAGAUCGAAAGGCCCAGUGCCCCGGGAUAUAGUUGACAUGGAUGCCAUGGAAAGGAUUCGCAGCAAAAUGAAAAUUGCUCCUAGGCAGUUCGCUCGAGUUACUGAAAUGCAGCUCCUCUCUAUGAUUCCACUUGGCGUAAGGCAGUCGCUGAUCGAUCACCCGAAGAGUUCAAUUCCGGAUCUAGCGGCGAAAGAACAUGAAUACCAUCUCUGGCAACUUUGGGUCAAGAAGCGACUUUAUAGGCACAACAAGGAUAUGCUCAUGCAGCUUGACCGCGCGGAGAGGAUUCAGAAGCUGGAGGAGGUAACGGGAGGUGUCGAGGCCGAUUAUGCUAGGCUAUUAAGGAAUUUUGAGCAGCGGGCCAGGGGCUCGGCUCACCUCACAACCUCGAAUGGCAAGAGAUCGUCGUCCGAUGAUACCGAGGAAAACGAUAACGAACCACCAGCGAAGAGAGCCAAGCUUGCUUCGUAG